AUGACCGUGGACUUGACAACAGCCGAAGGGAUUGAAGAUGCGAAAGGCAAGGUGGGAUUGGCCGCCGAGGCGAUGAAGGAGCUCGGCGAGACCGGGCUCAUGGCUUUGGGCAAAACCGUCCCCCAAAUUGCGUGUCUUAUUGCUGUCGGUACCACUUUGAAGCAUAUCAUUGCUGGAACAAAGGCGGAUGCAAUGGAACCUCUCAUGAAAAAAUUGGGAGAGCUGAAAUCGGAAAUUGAUAAGCUCAGCUCAAAAAUGAGCUCGGAAUUCGGAAAACUCAAAUCAUUCAUGACGGAGAUCAAGUUUGAGUCGAAAAUCUCCGAUGACAUUGGUGUCCUUAUGAUCUACAUGAGCGCAAUGAAUGAAAAGGGUUUGACGGAAAAACAAAGAAAAACUCGCGUUCAAAAUUUCAAGGAUAAAUAUGCAAAGUAUGAUCCGUUGGAGUAUGCAAGGAAGCUACGUGUGAUGAACAACAGUUUUAAUAGUCCGCUGAACACGGCUGUGGAAGCGGAUUACUUCAAAUCUCAAGAUGCCUACGACAAGUGGGAGAAACUAUUCACUGGUGUUUUUAAACAGUUGCUAAUGGUCGAAGCAGUCGCCGUCGGUCUUAUCCAUGAUGGCAACGAAAAUAAUUACGAUGAAUUGGCAUCAGAAGCGCAUUUGUAUAUUGGAAUGAUGGAUAAUUUCCGCGAGAAUUUCAAGAAUGACGAAGAUUUUUGGGACAAAAAAGUAAAGGAAUUCGUGAAAAAGACAUUGGAAGAUAACAAGGAUAAGCCGGUUUGGAAGAAGGCGGAUUUGAUUCAGAAAGCGAUGGAAAGAGUUUUAACAAACGACAUCUUUGUGGUCACUGUCUCCGCCUCCUCAUGUCCAUGCCUCAAACACGUCAAAAACUCUGACCAAAUCCUUGUCGACCUGAAUCAUUCGGGCUGUCGAGCUCUCAUCUACCGUAGCCACGAAGCCUACAACGAGACGACUGACCACACGUUCCAAAAGAUUAGAGACGGAAUGCAGGAGAUCAAAAAAGUUAUCAAUGAGAAAGACGUGAAAUCGUUUUGGACGACUCAGAAGGAAUUGGACGAGUGGGCGACGGAUAAGGUGAAAGAUGCCGGAUACCUUGUGGCCUACAGGGAGAGAAGUGUGGGCAUUGCGUAUACUCGGGCGAAGACAGUACGAAACUCGUGUACCUGGUUGAUUGAGGAUAAGCACUACUCGGAUUUUAAUGGAAUUCAUUUUAAUAGUAUGGUUGUGGUCACUGGUUUCAUGUAA